AUGUCGGAAAAUCGUUUCGUAAACCGCACUCUCUCAGAACUUCAAGAAGCCAAUCGCAGUCCAAUAUUUGGUUAUGAAGAUUCACCUAUUCUGACAUUAGAAGAAGCUGUAGAAGAACUGAUUCCACUCGUUCCCAAUGUCUUAGCUUAUGUUAUGACAGCUAAAAAGAAAUAUAAUCGAUAUUCAGAUUUAUUAAUGCGGGAUGAAUCAGCGGCCAUAUAUCUUUAUUCGAUGCCAUCAUCUUUCUUUUCUUCUCUUAACAAAGCACUUCGAGCUGAAAAUCGACAUGCACUUAAGCCAUGGUUUGCUUACUUAAAAUUGUUUAUGACAGCUCUCAAGAAAUUACCAUCAAUUAACAAGGUUGUUUGGAGAGCCGUCUACGGUGAUGUCAGUUCAGUCUUUGCUAACAAUAAUAUUGAGAUCUGGUGGAGUGUAAACUCGACUUCAUUGGAUCUGGAAAUUGUUCAACCAUUUCUUGGCGAACAUGGCACUUUAUUCACCAUUGAAGCUAAAUGUGGCAAAGAUAUCUCCCAAUUUUCAGCAAGUCCAGAGGAAAAGGAAGUUGUUCUAAUGCCUGGAACUUGUGUACAAGCCAAAACCGGAGCACUCAAUUUCAUUAAUCGUCUCUUUGUUGUUCACUUGAAUGAAAUAACUCCUCAAAGUGAAUCACAAUCUGAAUCAAAUCAUUUAUUUGAAUGGAUAAAACAAGAGUAUAGACAAAAUGGUUAUAUUGAACGUCUAAUGAAUCCAGCAAAAUUCUAUUCAAUUGAAGACAGUUAUAUUAAUUUAGCCCUCAUCGAAACUGAAAAACAACAACAAAAAGAAAAACAACUUCGUGAUGCUCCCAAUAGUGAUGCAAUUAUGGGAAGUUUUGAAGAGAUUUACGGAACAAAAACUACAAUAGAUGUUAAAAACAUUUUUGAAGCAUGUAAAAAUCAAGAGAAGAAAGUGCUGGUGUUUGGACGUGCUGGAAUCGGAAAAUCCACAUUUUGUCGAUAUAUUGCUUAUCAAUGGGCGAUGGGUUUAUGUUGGACACAGUAUGAAUUAUUGGCUUUGAUUCCAUUACGUCGCUUAACAACUAAUCGAUAUCCUCCUUUACCAAUUGGUCAAAGUUAUUCUUUAAUUGAUCUUGUAAAAAAAGAGAUCUUUUCAUAUGAUCUAUCUGAAAGUGAAGACAAACUUCUGAAAAAGCACUUUGAUGCAAGAAAAACUCUAUGGAUUUUGGAUGGAUAUGAUGAAAUUGUACAAAAUGUACCUUCACAUUUGGAAUGUUUAUUCGAACAAUUACUUAAAACUCCACAUCAUAUAUUAACAUCUCGUCCAUAUCAAAAUUCAUUAGCUUAUCAUGUACAAAUGGAAAUCACAGGUUUUACAGACGACAAUAUCAAACAGUAUGUACAGCAAUUCUUUAAUCAAAUAAAAAAUGAAUUAGACAAUUCUUUGAACAAAAGUCAAAAACUAUUCAGAUUCUUACAAACAAAUCGAUCUAUCUGGGGUGUUGCACAUAUUCCAGUGAAUCUAGAACUGAUAUGCAGUCUUUGGAGUAAUGAAGAUUUUAUAUUAACAAAAGAAUUAACAAUAACAUCAUUAUAUACAGUUAUGAUAGAAUGGUUAUGUCGACGAUAUUUAUCAAUGCCAAAUAAAAAAAUUCAAAAUUUAUCUAAAGACGACGUCAACCAACGUUGUGAAAAAGAAUUAGCAUUCUUAGAAAAUCUAGCCUUUAAUGGAAUGAAGAGUAACACUAUUAUUCUACAAUCAGAAUUACUGAAUGAAGCAUUAAAGAAAGACUCUUCAUUUAAUCAUCUGCAUAUACUCAAUAUGGGAAUUCUCAAAAGUUUUAAUAAACAAGGUAUCAAUACUCAAAUUGAAACGGACAAAGAUCAUUAUUUUGUGCAUCUCAGUUUCCAAGAAUAUUUUACAGCACGAUAUUUGAUUAAAGCUCUCAAAAACUCUUCAACUCAUCCAGAAGAAAUGAAGUUUAUUCAACGAGAGAAAUACAAUCAACGUUAUGCAUUAGUAUUUACUUUUCUAGCCGGUCUAUCCAAUGAAGCUGAUUCAAACACAUGUUUAAACAUCUUUUGGGGGCUUAUAUUAACAUCACCGAUAGAUCUUCUUGGAAUAAGACAUAUGCAACUUAUUAUUUCUUGCAUUGAAGAGACAGCUGGCCAAUCAAUUAUUCCACAACACACUGUAUUGAUAGAAUGGAUAGCAAAAUACAUUGAAUAUACUUUGUCAUCAGAAAACAAAAUUAUUCCUGAAUGUCUUGUACAAUCAUUAGGAAGAGCACCAUCGGUAAUAAGCAAUCAAAGAAUUAUCAAUGUAGUUACCCAUCUACUUCAAAAUGAUAAUUCAAAGAUCAGAAUCACAGUAGUCUCAUUUAUUUCUCAAAUGAACAUUUCAAAUCUACCGGCUGCACUGAUUAAUUUAGUGACUAUCGCACUAGAUGAUAAAAACGACAGCGUCAGAUACUAUGCAUGCGAAGCUCUCAGGAAUAUAGAUGAAGAAGCAGCGACGGAUAGAGUGAUCACUAAACUGAUUAGUGCAUCACAAGAUAAGGAUACGAGUGUCAUAAUCAGUGCAUGUGAAGCUCUCGGAGAAAUUGGUGACAAAUCAGGGACGAAUAAAGUGAUCACUAAACUGCUCAGUGCUUUAGAAGAUAAAAGUGACAGUACCAGACACAGUGCAUGCGUAGUUCUCAGAAAUAUAGGUGAAAAAGCAGCGACGAAUGAAGUAAUCACUAAACUGGUUAGUGCAUUGGAAGAUAAGAGUGAACGUGUCAGAUGGUCUGCAUGCCAAGCUCUCGGGAAAAUGGGUGAAAAAGCGGUGACGAACGAAGUGAUUAAUAAGCUGUUUAGUACAUUCGAGGAUGAGAAUAACCUUGUCAAAAACAGUGCAUGCGUAGCUCUUGGAGAAAUGGGUGAAAAAGCAGCGACGAAUGAUGUGAUUACUAAACUGCUUAGUGCUUUAAAAGAUAAGAGUGACAGUAUCAGAUCAAGUGCAUGCAGGGCUCUCGGGAAUAUACGUGAAAAAGCAGCGAUAAAUGAAGUUAUCACUGAACUGGUUAGUGCAUUAGAAGAUGAGAGUGAAUGGGUUAGAUCAAGUGCAUGCUAUGCUCUCGGGAAUAUACGUGAAAAAGCAGCGAUAAAUGAAGUUAUUACUGAACUGGUUAGUGCAUUAGAAGAUGAGAGUGAACAUGUCAGAUCAUAUGCAUGCCUUGCUCUCAGGAAUAUAGGUAAACAAGCAACGACGAAUGAAGUGAUCAGUAAACUGAUUACGGUAUUAGAAGAUGAGGAUGACAGUGUCAGAUCAAGUGCAUGUGACGCUCUCGGGAAUAUAGGUGAAAAAGCAGCGACGGAUGAAGUGAUCACUAAACUGAUUAAUGCAUUAGGAGAUGUGAGUAACGAGGUCAGAGUGAGGGCAUACACAGCUCUCGGAAAUAUAGGUGGUAAAGCAGCGACAGAUGAAGUGAUCACCGAAUUGAUUAAUGCAUUAGAAGACAAAAGUAAGGAGGUCAGAUUAGCUGCAUGCGGAGGUCUCGAAAAAAUCGGUGAAAAAGCAGCGACGAAGGAACUGAUCACUAAGCUUGUGGAUAUGCAUGAUAAUGGGAAUUUGCCUUUUCAAGUUGCAAAUGCUAUAGAUGGUAUUUUACAUUCGUCAGCCGUACUGAUUGAUUUUGGUCCAAUAUUAAUUUUUAAGCUGUGCAUGCGUGGAAGACGAUUGAAGUGCCUAAAAAUCAUUUCACUGGAUGAAUUAAUCAGAAAAUUUUUCGUUACUCAAAAUGCUGAUUGGCUGUCCACGGCGAUUGUAAUAACAUUCCUGAAAGGUGUUGCGGUGUCAAUUAAUGAAGGCAAAUUGAUGGUGUAUGAUAAUGGUGAACCAAUAGAACUACGUGCUCCAAAUUUGAAACUAUAUAACGAGCUCAUUGAAGCUUUUACUAAAGAGGCAAAAGGACUGCAUUUGUCUCUUAGAAUACCGUCAAAUCCAUAA